AUGGCUCGUUUAUCAAACUUAUUAUUGGUUGUGUUGGCUGCUGCAACGAUCUUUUGUGUUUCAGCAGAUGUUUUAUCAUAUACUGCUACUUUUGUUCAAUGUGUUUCGAAUGCAAGUUGUCCUCAAGGAAAUCCAGGACGCUUCAAUCGUACUUUCGCUUUGAAUGAUAUCGUUAGCCCAAACUUAUAUUUAAUGGUUGGUGAUCAAUUAGAAUUUAAAUUAGCCGUAAAUGUUUCGAUUCAUCCGUUAACAAUCUGCCAAAACAGUCCAUUACCCAAAUUCUGUCAAGGAUCCAAUGGUACUGAUGUACUCAAUGUUCCAAUUACUGUAGCAGGUCAAACUACUUCUACUACUUUCACUACUGCUGGUACUUAUUAUUAUGGAUGUAAUUACCAUCCUGGCAUGGGUGCUACGAUCACAGUAUUCCCAAAUAGUGUUGACAGUUCCUCAAGCAACCGUCAUUCAAAGCGAGCAGUAGCUGCACGUUUUGGUGCUAGACAUCAAUAA